UAUUUGUGGGCGGGGCAAGUGAGAUUGAGGGGUGGACGCUAGCCCGGAAGUUGGUUGCCUUCAGUUUCGGAGCGUGCAGAAACAGAUUCACCAUCACUCAAACCUAACAUGGCUGCCCCUUCUCAGUACAUCCUUCCUAAUGAUCUUCCUGUGGCUCUACUCGACUGCGAGGAGGCCUUCUCCCUUCUGUCGGCAGAGGAGAAGCUGUACACACACUUUCUGUCUCGAGCGUCUUUUUAUGGUGGUCUAAUAGUCCUGUUUCAGACAUCACCAGAAUCUCCAGGAAUAUACAUUUUGCUAAAUAGGCUCUUCAGGUCCCAGGAGCCUGCAAAACUUCAGGUGGUUGCCUUGGACCAAGGAUGGACAGAGGAAGAGUAUCAGGCUCUACUGGUUUAUUCUGCCGGAUUCUUUGCCAAUAUGGGAAACUACAAAUCAUUUGGAGACACUAAGUUUGUCCCAAAUGUCGCAAAGGAAAAGUUUGAGAAGCUGUUGCAUGCAAGUGAAGCAUAUGCCACGGACCCGGAGGGAAUGGAUUUGUUAUGGAAAGACAUUGGGGAUCGCAUGUACUCACUGGAAGCGAGAGAACGUCAGCUGGGACUUGGAGAUCAAGGCAUAACCACCUACUUCUCUGGAAACUGCACCAUGGAAGACGCAGAACUGGCUCAGAGAUUUCUGGACUCAAAGAACCUUAGCGCUUACAACACUAGACUGUUUAAGACUCAGGAUAAGGAUCGCAAAAGUAAAUAUGAGGUGCGCUUGGCUUCUGUCAAGAAGGAAGAUUGUGCCCCAGAGUCAUCAGAUCUUGAACAGUCUCUGGGAGUCUUCGAGUUUGAGGGUCAUGAGAUUUGUGUUAAACGAGGAGACUACUCCCCCUUGCUGCUAAAAGUGUGUGAAAGCCUGGAAAAGGCCAAGGCCUUUGCAUCAAAUGAUAACCAACGGAGAAUGCUUGAAGAAUAUGGACGGAGCUUCCUAGAAGGAUCUAUUCAAGCUCAUAAGGAGGGUUCCAAAUAUUGGGUACAGGACAAGGGGCCGAUAGUGGAGAGUUACAUUGGAUUUAUUGAGAGCUACAGAGACCCUUUUGGAUCUCGUGGAGAGUUUGAGGGCUUUGUGGCAGUGGUCAAUAAAUCCGUGAGCGCUCGAUUUGCAAUGCUGGUCUCUGUAGCCGAAAGUCUUGUGGCAUCUCUCCCAUGGCCAAGCUCAUUUGAAAAGGAUACCUUCCUCCGACCAGACUUCACCUCUCUGGAUGUAGUAUCCUUCAGUGGAAGUGGCAUUCCCGCUGGGAUCAAUAUCCCAAACUAUGACGAUAUCAGACAGACUGUUGGGUUUAAGAACGUGUCCCUGGGAAAUGUUCUGUCAGUAGGAUCAGCCACAGACCGUGAGAAGCUGACAUUUCUACGUGAAGAGGAUAAGGACUUGUUUAUAAAGUAUCGUGGUCCCUCUUUUGAAGUCCAAGUUGGUCUACAUGAGCUACUCGGCCACGGCAGUGGAAAGCUCCUUGUACAGGAUGAAAAAGGGGCAUUUAACUUUGACAAAGAGACUGUGAUUAACCCAGAAACUGGGGAGCUGAUAACAAGUUGGUACAAGCAAGGUGAGACAUGGGACAGUAAGUUCUCCACCAUUGCUUCUUCCUAUGAAGAGUGCAGAGCUGAGUGCGUUGGAUUGUACCUGUGUGUCAAUGAAGAAGUCCUACGGAUAUUUGGACACGAAGCUCAGGAAGCACAAGAUGUUUUAUACGUGAACUGGUUGAAUAUGGUGCGGGCUGGGCUUGCAGGACUAGAAUAUUAUACACCAGAGACCGGACGUUGGAGACAGGCACACAUGCAAGCACGUUUUGUGAUUCUUCGUGUCCUUCUGGAGGCUGGACAAAACUUUGUCGCUCUGUCUGAAAAAGUUGGGGCUGAUGGCCUCCCGGAUGCACAAGUGACAUUAAAUAGAGACAAGAUUUUGAGCGUGGGCAAGCCAGCUAUCCAGCAAUUCUUGCAAAGGCUGCAGGUGUAUAAAUCCACGGCAGAUGUAGAGCGUGCCCGGGAGAUGUAUGAUGGUUACUCGGCAGUUACUGAUUCUGAUACAUACCGGUUCCUCGCUCUCCGUGAUAUUGUAAUAAUGAGAAAAGAGGAGAGGAAAUCUUUUGUACAGAUAAACACACGGCUCACAGGUGACACAGUGAGUGUUGUGCAGUAUGACAGCAGUCCCUCUGGACUGAUCCUCUCGGUCUUGCAGAGAUUUCCUGAUGAUGAGGAAGAACUGGAAAGGAAGAUGCUGGAGCUAAGCUGUGCCGAUGCCCAUUUCUGGCGAAGCCAAAACUGCUCAUAAUUAGGCAACGGGAUGGUGCCGUGUGAUGUUAUGCAGAGGUCCGGCUAGAGGAAUGAAUAAACGGAGCUAUACUCUGCAGAUAUCUGAUGAGGGAACAGUUAAUAUGUCACAACUAGAUGCAACAGAUUCUCAGCAUGUCUAGCAGUCAAAACAUUAAUAAGGGGGCAAUCAUUUGAGGUCUUUUAGAGCACCAUAGAAGAUGGCAGUCAUGAGCAGUUACAGCUGUGGAUUUGCGUGAUGCAGUGUGUAUCUGGCCCAGGGUGCCCUUACGGGUAAAUUAUGAGAAUCUGGAUUCAUUCUGAAUUAAAUAAUUUUACUAAGUCAA